AUGCUAUUAUCGUCAAUGUCUAGUGUUGAUAUCGAAAGUUUAGCAACAGAUUUCUAUGGCCUAAUACAAUCAUUUUAUCAUGCACCACUGUAUCAUAUUAUUUUGGAAAUUUUAUUAUUUUUUGCUGUUAUGUGGCUAUUAUUUUUUCGUAAACCACGUCCAAUUGAAAAAAAGUUAACUGAAAAAGAAAAACAAGAAUUAAUUGAUGAAUGGCAACCGGAACCGUUAGUACCCACUGUUGAUCCAAAUCAUCCAGCAUUGAAUGUUCGAAUAUUAGAUGGCCCAGUAGGAAAAUAUAUUACAAUUGAUAAUGAACAAAGUUUAAAUUUUGCUUCAUUGAAUUUUUUAAAUUUUGUCGGUAAUGAACGUAUACAAAGUAAAUCAAUUCAAGCUGUACAGAAGUACGGUGUGGGAUCCUGUGGUCCUCGUGGAUUUUAUGGAACAAUUGAUAUUCAUUUAGAAUUAGAAGAGCGUUUAGCACGUUUUUUUGGUUGUGAAGAAGGCAUAAUUUAUUCAUACGGAUUUUCAACUAUUGCCAGUAUUAUACCAGCUUAUUCGAAACGUAAUGAUGUUAUAUUUGUUGACGAAGGAGUUCAUUAUGCUAUACAAAAAGGCAUUGAAGCCUCUCGUAGUAAUAUCAAAUGGUUUAAACAUAAUGAUUUGGAUGAUUUAGAACGUUUAUUAAUUGAACAAGAAAAUCUAGACAAAAAAAAUAUUAAAAAAGCACGUGCAACAAGACGUUUUCUCAUUGUCGAAGGUUUAUAUAUGAAUUAUGGUGAUUUAUGUCCUUUACCGCGAAUGGUCGAAUUAAAAUAUAAAUAUAAAUAUCGAAUAUUUAUUGAUGAAUCUGUAUCGUUUGGUACAAUUGGACAAACAGGACGUGGCAUUACAGAAUAUUAUAAUAUUGAUCGUCAACAAAUUGAUCUAAUAUCAAGUACAUUAGAGUAUGCUGCCGGUUCAAUUGGAGGAUUUGCUGUUGGUAGUUCAUUUGUUGUUGAUCAUCAACGUUUAUCUGCACAAGGUUAUUGUUUUUCGGCAUCUCUACCUCCUCUAUUAGCUGCGGCGGCUAUUGAAGCAUUAAAUAUAAUGGAAGAAAAUUCUGACUUAUUUGAAACAUUAAUGUAUAAAUCUGAACAGUUACAUAAUAAACUGAUUGCCAUAAAAGGUUAUAUUAUACAAGGUGAUUAUUUAUCACCUCUGAAACAUAUUCGAUUACCUAAUGAAUUUAAUACAACUGGACGUUUAGAAUCUAUUGUACAUUUUGCACAAACAAAACAUAUAACAAUAACUGUUGCACGUUAUUUACAAGAUGAACAUGUUUUACCACAACCAUCUAUACGUUUGAUUCUGAAUGUUGAUAUAACUGAAGAAGAAAUGGAUUUUCUAUGUGCUGUGUUACAAGAAGCAUUGGUUGUGACAAUUUGA